AUGUCCAUGAUGGUCGCAUUCAACUUGAGCAGCCUCAAUGCAGGCUUCUUCAUUCUACUGGGAAUUCCAGGGCUGGAGCAGUUCCACAUCUGGAUCGGGAUUCCCUUCUUUAUUAGCUACCUUGUAGCCCUUGCAGGAAAUGGUGUCCUUCUUUACCUUAUUUUCAAGGAGCACAGCCUCCAUGAGCCCAUGUUCUUUUUCCUCUCCAUGCUGGCUGCUACAGAUCUCAUCCUAUCUAAUACAUGUGUACCGAAAACAUUCAGUAUCUUCUGCUUGGGUCCUCAGGAAAUCUCGUUUCCUGGAUGUCUUAUUCAGAUGUUUUUUCUCCACUACAGCUUUGCCAUGGAUUCUGCUAUCUUGAUGGCCAUGGCAUUUGAUCGCUAUGUUGCUAUUUGCUUCCCCCUAAGAUAUACCACCAUUCUCACCCAUCAGACUAUUACUAAGAUUGUGAUGGGUAUCAUCAGUAGGAGCUUUUGUAUCAUCUUCCCUUGUGUGUUUCUAUUAAAGCGACUGCCUUUCUGCCAAACACUCAUCAUUCCCCACACGUACUGUGAACACAUAGGUGUUGCCAGGCUUGCCUGUGCUGACAUCUCCAUUAAUAUCUGGUAUGGCCUUGCUGUACCUAUCAUGACUGUCACAUCAGAUCUGAUCCUCAUUGGGAUUUCUUACACUCUCAUCCUGCGUGCAGUCUUUAACCUUCCAUCCAAUGAAGCCCGCCAGAAAGCCCUUAGCACAUGUGCUUCCCAUGUUGGUGUCAUUCUAAUGUUCUAUACUCCAGCCAUAUUCUCUGUCCUUGUCCACCGCUUUGGUCAUAAUAUUCCUCACUCUUUUCAUAUACUGUUUGCCAACCUCUAUGUGGCCAUCCCUCCUGCAAUCAAUCCAAUCAUCUAUGGUGCGAAGACCAAGCAGAUUCGGGACAAAAUCAGUCUUCUCUUAUUCCCGAAAGGAAACUUGUGA